CGAAUUACGUAGCAGGGAAAAUCACGCCUUCUUCCGGGUUCACACAACCACUCAUACUUUGUGGCCGUUCAUAUGGUGCGGUUGAACUUCACGAGCGAACCAAUACUACUCUCGCCAUUCAUUGUCCAAUUUUGCCUACCGGUGAGACAGGACCAUGCCCGGGGUUUUGCUUGGAGAUGUGUUCCCUAACUUCGAAGCCGAAACCACCAUCGGUAGGAUUAAGUUCCACGACUUCCUAGGAGACUCGUGGGGGAUCCUGUUCUCCCACCCAAGGGACUUCACUCCCGUGUGUACCACUGAGCUUGCAUGUGCGGCCGGCAUCACCGGUGAGUUCAAGAAACGGGGAGUCAAGAUGAUUGCGCUGUCCAUCGACAGUGUGGAGGACCACACCAACUGGAGCAAGGAUGUGAUGGCCUUCAACGGUGAAACUGGCACCCCAUUGCCUUUCCCCAUCAUCGCCGAUGACAAGAGAUCGCUCUCAGUCCAGCUGGGCAUGUUGGACCCGGAUGAGAUCGACAAGGAUGGGAUGCCUCUCACUGCCCGCUGUGUGUUUGUGAUCGGACCGGACAAGAAGCUCAAGUUGUCCAUUCUCUACCCGGCAACAACUGGAAGGAACUUUGAUGAGCUGCUGAGGGUCAUAGACUCCCUGCAGCUCACCGCUCAGAAGAAGGUGGCCACCCCUGUCAACUGGAAGCCUGGUGAUAAAGUAAUGGUCAUCCCCUCUCUUUCCGAGGCAGAGGCCACCGCCCUUUUUCCUAAUGGGGUGACAUGCAAGGAACUGCCUUCUGGGAAGAAAUACCUGCGCUUCACCCAGCCCUGAUCAGCCAAUUAGACUACCCAAACACCAAUUACACUAAUCCAACUCACCAUGGAGUUCACUACUCUCAUCAUGUUACAGAUAUCCCAAGAUUUGUAUGCGAGCACUUAGAAUAAACCGCCAAAUCAACUGAACUCUAGAGUUUUCAAACAUGUAACGUUAUACUCUACAUGCAUGUUAUUGAAUGACAACAAUAAAGACUUAUUUCUUUCAGAGCACA